AUGGUGUCCAAAUAUUUUCUACUCUUUUUAAUCCCGGCGCUCGUGGAGUGUCGGAUAUCUAUAAAGAUAACAGCUGCGACCUCGGAAGCGGAGGCGGAGGUGCAGUACGGGGGCGAGGAUGUUGAGAUUAUCAGCGACCGGGAGCGAGAGACCUUCGACAUUGGGGACCGCAGCCUCAAGCGAGCCGUCGAGAAGUUUGCCGACGCGGCGCCCACUGACGUGUACGUGAGGAGCCCGACGCCGUGGAACGACGUCUACAAGACUUACAAUUGGGAACAAGUGAAGAGGAUCCUUAAACCUAUCAGAACGAGGAUCCUGGGAGUGCACACCAAACCUGUGAUCGUGGCCACGCGGGAGUUUGAGAACCACAGCGGAGUCAAGGCCAAGUAUAACGCCGCCAUCAAGCAGGAGAUUCAAGAGACCGUCUCCAACACCUGGUCGGUCGGGGGAGAGCUGACUGUGGGCCAGGAGAUCGAGUACAGCGUCAACUUUGCUGCGGGCAGCGCAGGGGGAAAGACUAGUCUGUCGUACGCGGCCAGCUGGGGUAACGACACGACGAAGGAGAAGUCGGCGACGCUGGGCUCGUCGACGGGCGUCGAGGUGGAGUUGGCGCCGGGGCAGGGCGUGGUGGCCAGCCUGACGGCGACGCAGGGCACGCUGGACCUCGAGGUCGAGUACGAGGCGCGCCUCGAGGGCGUCGUCUUCGCCAACUACCGCAACAAGUACCGCGGACACUACUUCUGGGCCUUCCCCGUCUCCUCCGUCCAGCUGGCCGGCGGCCUGGCCCGCACCGUCAGCUCCAUCGAGAAGAUCUCCAUCGGCUUCUACACCAGCGCGCGCGUCGACGUCAAGGACAAGGUCACCACGGGCCGGAUCAAGCAGGCCCCGGCUGGCUUCAUCUAA